CAAGCGCCUCUCCAAAUGCAGCGGCUUUUCUUCGUUUCCUAGACCAGAAGAAAGCGGAGACGUGACGGAGUCGGGGGAUUCUGCUUGCUGGAGGCUCGUUAAACCACUGAUUAAUACAGCUUCAUCACUGCUUCUUCGUCGCUCAAGAGACGCCUGUGACCUACUCGACCCUCCGUAUUUUCCAUCUUUGAACUAAUCUCACAAACAUGUCCUGGCAAUCAUACGUGGACAGCCUGAUGGCUGAUGGCAACUGCCAGGACGCGGCCAUUGUUGGGUACAUGGACGCCAAAUACGUCUGGGCAUCGUUUGCCGGAGGCACCUUUGCCAACAUGACGCCUGGAGAAAUUGACGUGUUAAUAGGAAAAGACCGCAUGGGAUUCUUCACCUGUGGGAUUAACUUGGGCAAUAAAAAGUGCUCCGUAAUCAGAGACAGCCUCCAUACUGAGAACGACUGGACAAUGGACAUCCGGACGAAGAGUUCAGGAGGAGAGCCCACAUACAACAUUUCUCUAGGCAAAGCCACCAAAGCAAUGGUUUUUGUCAUGGGGAAGGAAGGUGUCCACGGAGGGCAGCUCAACAAGAAAGCAUUUGUUAUGGCUGACUACCUCAGGAGGUCCGGAUACUAAAGCAGCCGGUACCAGCCACCUAACGGCUCACCCGACCACCCUGUCACAUUUCACUCUACUUCAGUGCUAGUUGGUAGUUUCUCUCCUUUAUUUUUCUGCCUUCUCGCCUCCCCAUUUGUUAUCCCAUAUUUUGUUACACUCUUCCUGUACUCUGAAGCACUACAAGUUGAUCCAUAGCAAAUAAGCAUGUUGCUAAGAGGACAUUUUCCAGCUAAAAUAAAUCUGGCAAAAUGGUCAAUAAAAGCUUUACUGUCAAUUUGAAGUAGGCAUUUCUGUCACGGUGCCCGGUACUUGAUCUCUCCCAAUCCCGAUCGUACACACUCCCUCCCCGAGAAGCCGAUGACUUAAGCGCUAGAGCGGUAACCAUGCUCGUCAUGUCUUCCUGUUUAAAUUUCCUUCAUGUGUGGAAGGGGAGACCGCGUAUGUCGGUCCACUGCUGUUCCCCUUUCACCCACCACUGCCCCCCCCCUCCUCCUCUUCAUCAUCACACUCCUUGCCAACAAAUGUUUAGUUCUGCCCCAUUUCCUGUUUCCUCAUCCUGUUUGCUCAAAGUAGGCAUCACUACAAACCUGGCAGAAGACUCAUCAACUACUUCACAUCAACCAACCCAACUCCUCCUUUCAGAUUAACUGCCCUGUCCAGAAUAUGUCUGGGGGGGGGGGGGCUCAGUUGACUGAUCAUGAGCAUUGGUGUUGUCUAGAUGCUGGUUGCCGCCUCCCCAACGACACGGGAACCCCAUGGACAUUCCACAGCAGCCAUGGCUCAGGCACUGGAUACAGUUUUGUUUGCCAGCUCCUGUAAUAUAUAUAUAUUCUUUUUUUGAAAGGCUGCCAUUUUUUUGUCUUAUAUUUCCCAGCAUAUAACCAUCGAGUGUCCAGUUAGAAUGUUCUUUUUCUUUUUUAUAGGACCAAGUGUAGUCUAAGCUUGGGUGUGUAUACGAUUGCUCUAAAUCAUGUGACGGAUGACUGCUAACCUUUUCCUGAUGAAGGAAACAUGAGAACUCAUCAUGGUUAAAAAUAUGAAGCUACAGGGGAGGUGGGAGUCGGAGUAUAUGAUGAAAAAAAUCUCGUUUUGUCUUUAGAGAACAAACUGCAUUUGUACAAACCCCAUGUUUGUUGACAACUACAAAACUGGAAUAAAUUGCCUUUUACUCUGGUCAGCUGAGUUAUGGAGUAUCACACGGUCUGUCAGCGGUCAGUACGGCUAACUAACAUCCAACUGACAAAAAGAUAUCUUUCCAAAGUAGAGCUGACUCAAUGGGAUUGGUUGUGUAUCCUGUGCCAUAAUUGAGAUCUGUUGCUGUUGUAAGAUGGAUUUUACCCACUGUCCAGUCAUUCAUCGGCUUUUAUUUUUAGCUUCAGCUCCACUGUUUCGGCCUUGUGGGAUAUGUACUCGUAACAAGUUUUUCUGUUUGCUGAUUUGUUCAUUUCCUUUUUCUUCACCACUUGUUUCUUCUAUUUAAUGCAUUUGAUUUCAUAUGCAUAAAACCAAGAAAUGCCAUAAUUGAUUUAUCACCUUGUUUACAGACGGAUCAAAUAAAUUUAUUCCAACCAGA